GGUAGCCGCAUGGAAGUUCAAUUGUGCUCUGCGAUCUCCAUCGUUGUUUGGCAAACCUUGUCUCCGCGCCCGCGCUGUUUCCGCAAGCAACAACAACAUCCCGUCGUCCCACUUAAACAAGUUAGGAUACGGGAUACGGUAUGUAUUAGGCGAAUUCUGGGAAAAAACACUCACUUCUCGGACGAAUCUUCCGGAUUUGUCUCCCAACGAAAGAAAAAAACGAAAAAGAAAAAAGACAAAGAAAAAGAAAACUUCUCACAACGUGGGUGCUGCAGUCAGCUGCCGGUGAUAACCAGGAUUCGCAAUAUAUUUGAUUCCCCGACUUUUGCGUGUGUUUCGUUCCAGGCACUACUAGCCGAUUUGGCGUCUGCGGCCGAGACCCACCCAUAAUAACAUAACGAAUAGCCACGGAUUUCCCUGUCGUGCUGAGCGGCGCUGGAAACCGGAUAUCUUCACAGAGACGGGUUGCUGUACAGAAGAAGUCAAGUGCUUACAUUAUCCUCGUCUCUGGGUUAGAUUGAAAUCUCUGCUUACAUGCGGCAUAUAAAUAUUAACAGAAAAGGUACUCGGGUAUAAUAUUAAUACAGAGCAGUAGGAAGAGAUAGUUGCCGGGUUGAAGCCUUGCAAUAUAAUUUG